CAUAUAGCCUUCACAGGGCGAUUGGAGAAGCCUUGCCCGCACCUUCUCUCACCGCACCACCGAGACGCGACCGCUACCCUCGAUACCAUGCCGAAACGCGACCUCGACGCGCUCUCCGCCAGCCCGGGCGCCGCGGGGACACCGGCCACGCAAGCCCAGGACGCGAAGGUCGCAGCGUUGCCGGAUACGAAACGAUGCAAGUUCUCGACCCAUAGUCAUGCCAGGAGAGAGAUAGAGAACAACUCCGGGUCAGCACUCCUAAAUUUGCCGGGCGAAUUGCUGAACACCAUCUAUGAGUACGUCCUCACUAGCGAUGAUGAUCUUCUCGAGUAUGUCCCCAUUGAGUACGCCAAUGGAUUGAAUGCCACCAUAGACGCUCGUUCGCCGGACACAGAGUCGCAUAUUCACACCACGGAACUGCCGUCUCCUAAGGACGGUCCUGAUCAUCCAGUCCCGGAUGUGCAACGGGGCGGGUUCGAAGGUGUGUCGGAUGCCGACUAUCGCAAGGUCUUUACCGUUAUUACUUCGAGUCCUGUUCAGGCUCAGAACCUACAGAAGGAUGGCCGUGAGUUCAACCAGCUGAAGUACGUCUGCAAGAAGUUCUGGCGGGAGACGUAUCGACUGGAACUGCAGUUCAACGGUGUCCUAUUAAGAGAUAGAGAUGGGACGGGAGUCGACCAUAUCGACCAAUUCCUUGCUAAAUGCCCUCCCUCUCAGGGAGAGUGGCUAAAAAGGAUCACGAUCUUAGCCAUAACCACCGUGUAUGGAAAAGAGUUUGAAGAAAUGGAGUCUGACCAAGACGUGAGUGGGAGAAUUGCUUGGUUGCUCCUGUAUGCUACCCAGUCUGAGCGGCUCUCGAAGCUUGAAGCCUUCUGCUCUAGUUAUCCCUGGAUGAGUGUCCGGUUCGUACCAGAUGCCUUCACACUUGACGAAAUCGUGGAAGACGACGGAGAGGUGUCGCCGAAGUUCGUUAGUACAGCCUUCUCGCUGUACUACGUACUUAGGAAUACGCUUCCAACGGGAUUCGAUUGGCUUCAGCCUCAGUUCACGAGAAUCGAUGAAGCAAUUGGGCGCGACGAUCAUUCGCCUCCUCUUCUACAGGCACCAAAUCUACGAGUCUAUCCACGCAACCUACUUGGUGGGAUCAGUAUUGCUGAGCUUUUAGGGAGCUUCCAGGCACAAACCAAACACGAGAUGAGCCAGCCAUUCAUCAUGGUUGCCCGCGAAUGGUUGAUGCAUGGCAUGUGAGCCAUUGCUGGCUUCUUGAGAGAGCCGGGCUUUAUGAUGAACUUUUGGAGGAGAUCUGGAUGUUCGCUUGAGCCUUGCGCUUUCGGUUCAUGAAGAGACAUUGGCGCUAAAAUUGGAAGGAUUUUGGAAUGGUUCGGAUUUUACCCGGUACCUCGUACCCGGGAUGUGCACUCUACAGCUCAUCU